ACUUGUCUUAUAUAAGUGAGUAUAACGGGGCACUGCGAAUUUGUCGUUUACAACUGGGGGCAGAUAUUCAAAGCAAAACCAUGUUGCAUACAAGGACUCCUCUUAUCUCUUUCUCACUGGCCUUGUGUGUUUAUCUGACUGAGGCCUGCCGGUGUCCAACUACGCUCACUUUUGAUGGCGCCAUAUGUAACGCUGACUAUGCUGUUAUUGCAACUGUGAAGGAAGAUCCAUCAAUUGAUUACAGAUAUACAUUGGACGUCCAAAAAAACUACAAGACAGGAGAUGCACCCACAGAGAUUUACACGAGAAGCCCUGAGGAAUGUGGAGUGGGUCUGGAAAAUGGACAAACCUAUAUUCUUGGAGGUUACACCUCAGAUGGUGUAGCACAAAUUGGUGCAUGUGAUUUCAGAGAAAUAUACAACGGAAAUCCUCCUCCCACCCCUAUGUGCCUUGGCAGAUGAAAAAACUGAAUUAAAUUAAAUUUACCAUCUUUUUAA